AUUUGUUCAGUGUUUAAUAGCCUUGCUAAAGGAAACCUAGCUCUGUGACAUUAUCCAGCGCUGACGACCCGUGAACUAGCCCUGCCCUCUGGCUGAUUCACUCCAAAGCUGCGUCUCCCACAACCAGCAAUACUCUUUCUUUCCUGUUCCCCUCCAAACCUUUGUGAAAAGAUGAUCACCUACAGGGUCACAGUGGCUACAGGCACAACUUAUUACUCAGGAACAAACAAUUACAUCUAUGUCACUCUGAUAGGAGAGAAAGGGAAAAGCCAGAGGACCAGCCUGGACAAGUGGCUUCAGAAUAAUCUGGAGCGUGGAAGUGUGGAUGAAUACGAGGUGAAAAGUGAGCGGGAUCUGGGCUCCAUCUGGUGGGUGCAGUUGGAGAAAGUGAAGUUCCUGGUGGAAGAUGACUGGUUUUGCCGUUAUUUGACGGUAUGCACCCCCUCAGGAGAUAUCCUACAGUUCCCCUGCUACCGGUGGAUGAGCGAAGAGGACAUCAUCCACGUCCGGGAAGGAAAAGCAAAGAGACCCUGUGACGAUGACAAGGUGCCUGACCUUAAGUCCCAUCGUCAAAAGGAACUGCAGAACAGACAGACGCUGUACAGGUGGAAGUUGUGGAAACCAGGGGUAACCAAAUGCAUUGAGGCUGAUACAGAGACAGACCUUCACCCAGAUGUCAAAUUUGAUGACGAUAGACGUUCUGACUUCAAACACUCAUUCCAUGUGGCUAUAGGGGAACUUUUCUUGAAGAAGUUUGUGAACAUGUUUGGAGACUCCUGGGACAGUCUGGAAAGCUUUCAAAGGAUCUUCUGGCGAGUUAAGAGUGCAACAGGAAACUUUGUGGUGAAACACUGGAAGGAGGACUGGUUUUUCGGAUACCAGUUUAAGAACGGAAGCAACCCCUGUAUGAUCGAGAAGUGCAGGGAGAUCCCAGAGAAAUUUCCGGUGACAAACGAAAUGGUCUGCCAAUCCCUCAGAGGCUCCACACUGGAGGAGGAAAUCAAGAAAGGAAACAUUUACAUUGUGGAUUACAAGGUCUUGGAUGGAGUUCCUGCCAAUGUAAUAAAGGGAGUCCCACAGUACAUCGCAGCCCCAAUUUGUCUCCUGUACCAGGAUCCCGAGAACAGGCUGAUGCCAAUUGCUAUCCAGCUCCACCAAGUCCCAGGAUGCGAUAACCCAAUUUUCCUGCCCACGGAUCCCGAGAAUGUCUGGCUCCUGGCGAAGAUUUGGGUGCGGAGUUCCGAAUUCCAGGUGCACCAGAUAGUCUACCACCUGUGCGGGACCCACUUGCUGGGGGAGACGUUUUGCAUUGCCACCCUGAGACAGCUGCCUGCCGUGCACCCCAUUUUCAAGCUCCUCACCCCACACACGAGGUACACACUGGAGAUAAACACCCGGGCCAGAAGUGACCUCCUGGGCGAGGACGGUGUUAUUGCCAGGGUGGUUGCCUCAGGAGGCAUUGGUCAGGAUGUCAUUGCACAAAAAGGGAUGCAAUUGUUCACCUAUCAGGCCAUGUGCCUGCCAGACAACCUGAAGGAACGAGGGACUGAAGGGUUAAAGGAAUACUAUUAUCAAGAGGAUGGUCUCCAACUCUGGUUUGCAAUUAAUAAGUACGUCAAAGGCAUUACAGAGCUCUACUACAAAACUGACCAGGAUGUUCUUCAGGACACCGAACUACAGGCUUGGAUUAAAGAUCUGGCACAGGACGGAUUUCAGGAGCUUCCAGGAAUUGGAAUCCUGUCGGCCCUUCGCACCCGAGAAGAGAUGUGCAAGUUCCUCACCAUGGUGAUCUUCACCUGCUCUGCUCAACAUGCUGCAGUAAAUAAUGGGCAGUAUGAUUGGUCGUGUUGGGUACCAAACAGCCCCUGUACAAUGAGACAACCUCCCCCAGUCAGAAAGGACAACAUUUUGAUUGAGAACCUCAUGGAAACUUUGCCAGACAUGAGUCAGUCCGCUGUGCAGAUGGCAUUCACCUGGCACCUGGGCAGACCACUUCCCAACAAGAUAUUACUAGGCUCUUUUGAUGAGGAAUACUUUACAGAGGAAACGGCCAAGCAAAUCAUCGCAGAGUUUCAGAAAGAUCUGGCGCAGAUUGAGGAGCGAAUUCUGGAGCGUAACAAAGGAUUGCUUCUGUCAUACGAGUACCUGCAACCGUCCAACAUCGAGAACAGCAUCAGCAUCUGAGUCUUCACUUACAGCUCCUUUGCAAUUCGACCAGGACUGAUCAGAAUCGAGCCACCAUCAAAUAGAAUAUUAUACACCCUCGGGAGAAGGCUGGAUGGAGGAAUUUCACUUCCCAGCACAACCCCUCCUGCUCUGUGGGGAACUAUCCUCCAGGAUUGGUGUGGAAUCUCCAGACAUUGACAAUUAAUUUCCAGGACACUGCCCUAUGCGACCCUGGGGUGAUAUUGGUAUUAAAGAAAGCUCUUGUGUUUGUCAUUUUCUUUUAAUACUUUACUAUGCAUAAAAUGUUUCAAAACUUGGAAUAAAAUGAUACUUGACUGACAAUCAAA